UAUUUAUAGAAUGGGGCCGUUUAAACUAGGGCCGUUACUGCAGUGAAGCCGCCGGAUACGUGCACUGACAACAAGAGGCUGGUUGAACGAGACUAAAGAUCGGGAUUUCGACCACGUCUACAUUGGAUUUUGACAGAUGUUUAUUUCAUGAUUCAGUUAACGGGGAAGAUGGAGGAGCCAGAUGACUUUGAUAACCACUAGGGUUUCCAGGAUCACAGUACUAUGUUCAUGUAAAGCAAGCAAGUCAACCCAGUAGGUUAAAAUCAGAGAUGGGUGCAACAGCGAUAAAAUCAGGGAUGGAUGCAACAGAGGUUGGGGAUUCAGAUGAUUCCAUACCAGAAGUAUUGCCAAGGUACAAUAAAACUUCAAAGCAAGGAAGACAACUCGAAAAGAUACAAUCAGGGACAGGUGUGCUCUAUAUCCUGGUAGUGGCGAUAUUUGUGGAGUUCCUCAAUGUGAUUACUAAAAAUGACUCCAAGGAGGAAGAAAUUGAAGAAAAGGUUUGUUGUGGUUCAAACUCAAUUGAAAUAGAAUUACCAAUUAAAUUUGAUUUGAAAUCUUCUUCAAAAUUACAUUCAUUGAUGAAUGACACUAUUGCAAGAAUGUCAAUAUAUAAAGGUUUAAAAAACUUAAGUUCUGAGAUGCAGAUUUAUCCUGAAAUUUCAUUGGACAUGUACCCUGUGUAUGGUCCUGGUGUUGGACCAGCUAUUGACCUGUUGCUAUCUACCACUCCACCACCAACUCGCCAGGAACUAAUGGCUAAUGAGUCCUUAAGACUGUGUACCUUCCAUAACUACCCAGCCUUUAGGAUAGUCAGCUGUCUGUUGUUGGCCAAGGCAGGAUUCUUUUAUACUGGUCACAAUGAUGAGGUCAUAUGUUACUCUUGUGAUAAAAGUGUCGCAGGAUGGAACCUUGGCUCAGACCCGUACAAGGUUCACAAAGAGAACUCCCCUGACUGUAACCAUCUUCGUGCUAUGGAUACCUAUAAUAUGUCUGUGGCUGCAUCAGCACCCGAGAAUAGCACAACAGCAGCAGAAGCAAAGCCUGACAACUCUUCUACAGAAUCAGCAGCUAAAAGUGCACCAUCAAACAAUGCUACUAGCUUCAGCAGUAAAGCUGACUCCGGCUACAACACGCAGACAACAAGCAGUGAGUUUGUAGAGACAGCAGGAUUUAAGUUUGGCGGUUCAGCAGCUGAGGGCAACAACACAUCAGUACCAGCAGCUGAGGGCAACGUCACAUCAGUCCCAGCAGCUGAGGGCAAAAACACAUCAGUACCAGAAGCUGAGGGCAACAACACAUCAGUACCAGCAGCUGAGGGCAACAACACAUCAGUGCCUAAUUCUGUUAAUAACAGCAGCAUAUCCUCUGUAGGCAAUGACAAGAACAGUAGUAAUGUCCCCAGUACCAUUAUCAGUAGUUCACUGCCAAACAGCAGUAAUACCAACACCGCAGGAAUACAGGAUACUAGUACUCCCGUGAAUAAUUACCCAACUCAGCCCUCCGAAUCUACUGGUCGGACACCGGUAGCAACGCCAGUGUCUGGUUACAAAGGUCCAGCUAAUCCUCAAAGGACGAGGGCUUAUUACCCGGACUAUGUACUACCAGGAGACAGACUGAAAACUUUUGACAAAUGGCCCGCAGACAUACGCCAGACACCAAAACAGAUGCUGGAAAGUGGAUUCUUCUACGCUGGUUAUGAAGAUUGCGUCCGCUGUUUUCAAUGCGGAAUUGGUCUACGUAACUGGGAACCGCCAGAUAACCCACAUGUAGAGCAUGCGCGGUGGUCGCCAAGAUGUCCUUUCCUGCUGCAAGCAAAGGGCUCGGACUUCAUUAACCUUGUCAUGGAUGCUGUGGCUCAGCUCGAGCAGCGUAAAAACGACCAAACAGCUGGUCAGUCAACAGAAACCACGACCCAGAGUUCGAACAAUAACACAGUGGUUACUACAUCUGAGAACCAACAAAACUCUGCAAGUGCAUCUGGGUCGAGUGUAGAUAAUGCUUCAAUCACUCCCUCGGGAACACCGACAGACACGUCAAACCCUUCACCCUCGAAACCCCCCUCAAAUACACCAGCAGCUGCAUCCAAAGCUACACCUUCUGCAUCUCAAGGUGUCACAGCUGCUGGGAAAGACAUGAAAGGAACCGACAUGUCAAACCCUACACUUUCGGAACCUCCCUCAGCGACGCCAGCAGCUGCAUCAAAACAUACACCUUCCUCAUCUCCGAGUAUCACAGCUGCUGGGAAAGACCUGAAAGGAGCAGAAACUGUUUCCACAAAACACAACAUCACAGUAGAUGAUGUGUCUACCACAAAUGUAGUCACUGGAUCAGACAAAGCAAAAGAUUUGACUGAUUUGAUGAAAACAGAAAUUGUCAGAAAAAUUAAACAAGAUGGCUAUGGAGAGGACAAUGUAAAAGCAGCUCUGAGGAUCCUACUGGACACAAAAGAGGCAACCGACAUCACAGAGGCGAUGAUAUACGAUACAGUAAGAAAGAACACGUCGGUACGACACAGACGAACAGCUUUGGGUGGUGAGGCAGCAGCAGAGCCCCUAAGUGAAGAACUUCAGCGUAUCAAAAAAGAGAAUCGAGAAAUGAGGGAGAGAACGGUGUGUAAGAUUUGUUUGGAAGACCAAGUCUCCAUAGCGUUUAUCCCCUGUGGUCAUUUAGUGGCCUGCGGACAUUGUGCUCAUGCCAUAACAAGGUGUGCUGUGUGUAGAAAACCAAUCACCAGUAAAAUCCUCACUCACAUGGAUGUGUAAGCUUCAGUAAUCAUGUGGUCAAGGUAUAUUUCUAAUUCAUUUCAAUUCCUUUUAUUUCCAUGUUUGCCUCAAAGACUUUAAUCUCGCUAUAUGUAUUUAUUGUACAUUAUUUUUGAAAUUUUGGUGAGGUUACGGUUUAUGAAUAACCAUUAUGGAUGCUGGAGAAAUAUAGCCUCAUUUUCAGCAUUAAAGUACAAUGUACAUCAUAACAAAUGAAUGUCUGCUUAAAGAGGGUGAUAAGUUUGUCGCUGUAAACAACAACAAGGAUGUAAUAAGGUACAUAAAUCCCUUAAAAAAAGUGAUAGAAAAUCUUUGUAAAAUAAUCCAAUAAGGAAAAUUUAUCCAUGAUUUCAUUUAAGCAGGGGAUCAGACACAACCAACAACAAAUAGGAAUUUCUUCUUACUAAUUUAGUGACCACUUUAAUAUGCCAAUCAUUUUUGAUUUUUUUAUCUGUUUGGUGGGAAAAUACAAAAGUGGAUAGCUAGUGUAUCUUUUAGCCUAAGUAACAGUUUUGUAAUAUAUGUAUUUAAAUCAAUAAUUUUCAACCCGUUUAUUGUGUUUGGAUAUAUGUGCUAGCUUUUAGAGCAUACAAGAUAUCGUGACGUAUGCAAGAUAUAGAGGAUCUAGCACGAGUGUUCAAGUUAU